ACGAACACGAACGAAACAACUCUUGAGCUGGAUAACAAAGUCAAGGAACCAAUCAAUAUCGUUAGUGCCAAAAAUAGUUCUCUCUGCGAUGGAAUAUCUAGUGAAAUCACUCGCCUUGCAAUUUAUCGUGCUGAUUGCUAUGCAACCUUUGGUGCGAUCCCAGGCGGUUGGUACGGAUUGCGGUGGUAAACAAUUCCUAUGUCUGGACGACACACGGUUCCAGGUGUGUACCGAUAUCAACGGUAGCGGAAGAACGGAAACAGUUGACGGCAUAACCCAAUCUUGUCCUCCGGAUAAAUACUGCAGUAAUGACGGACGAUUCGAGUGUGAUUGGCCAACGAGACCAUCAAUGGUGACUGCGCCACCAGUCAUCACAGAGCCGGAGGUAUCUGUAGUGCAACCAAUUGCUGCUGAAGCUGCUCCGAUACAAAUUGAAGCUACAUCAGAUCAGACGAAAGUUGUUAGCGAGGUACAACCAGACGCAGUGCAACCUGAAACAACUCCUGCUGAAAUUGUUGCAGCUCCUGUAGUCGAACCACAGUCAGCAGCUACGGUAACGGCUGUAGAGUCCCAGCCAGAAAUCCAACAUCCAGAUGUUCCGGUUGCGCCAAGUGAAUCUCAAUCCGGGGACCUCGUUAUAGGAUGUGAAACUCAACCCGAAUCGAUAGCUCCAAUAACUAUCGAAACUCAGCCAGAACCUACUGUAAAUGCUGCAGAAUCUCAGCCACAGACUCAGCAGCCAGAAUCUUCAGUUGCACCAAGUGAAUCUCAAUCUGAAGUUAUCGUUGUGGAAAGUGCUACGCAACCCGAAUCUCAAGCAGAUAUUACCGUGCGUGCGAAUGCGGUGGAAUCCCAGCCAUCUCAACAAUCAGAACAACCCGUUUUUGUAAAUAUCCCAAUCGAAUCUCAAUCCGAAAUUAGUACUGCGGUUGGGGAAACACAUACAGAAACUACAGUUGUCGCAGUAGAAUCUCAUCUGAGUGCUGGACAGCAAUCUGUAGUGGAAGCAUCUCAAUCGCAGGAUCCAAUUGUUAACGUAAAGCCCACAUCGGAAGACACUACUGUAUCUGAGAGUACGGUUAUCGCUGUUGAAUCUCAGCCUGAACCGAUUCAAGAGGUGCAACCUGCUGCACCUGCAGGAGCUCUGGCAACAAGUUCGGGUUUGAACGGCCUAAAUGAGGCGGCGGAAAUUCAGCAGACCGUGACUACCUCUGUCGUCGGCAGUGAAUCCCAAUCUAACGCCGAACAGACAGGUUCAGAACAACCGCAACAACAGCAGACAACUGUCUCUGCAAUUCAUUUGGAGAGCCAAGUAUCUUCUGGUCCUGAAUCUGUACCCGAGACAGUAGUAAUUCCUGUAGUCGCUGGCCUAGAUGUGCCAGAAAAUUCCCCACCCAAUGAACCCCAGACUGAUGUUGAACUUCAAACAGAACCUGCGGUGAUUGAUACAUCAAAUCCAAACAAAGGCGAGUCAUCUCACAUUCAGGAAGUUGGCCAAACCAACGAACAUGGAAACUUGGGACCAGAAGGAGCUCAGCACGAUAAUUCUGUUGUAGCAUCGCAGGCCACAGAUGCCCCAAACGUCGCAACACCAGAACAGAAUCCCGGUGAAAACUCCAUAAUUCCUGUGAAUCCUCUACCGAACGAGACUCAGCCUGAUGGCUCUACUAGUAUCAUUGAACAACAAACCGAAAACGCCGUCAUUGGUAUAGAAAACUCGUCCGCAGGAUCAGUAAAUGCCGGGGCAGUUCAACCCGAGACUACAGAGGCAACGGCUGGUUCUGAAUUAUCCCAAUCAGAGAAUCCAACUGCUGGUGGUGCUCAGCCUGAAGGUAUUGAUUCCGUAGCCACCAACGCACCGAAUCCAAGUCAGAGCGAACCAUCUACAGCUCCCGAUAUCUCAAUUGUUACCUCAUCCAAUCCAGGCGGACCUGAAACCGGACCUAGCGGUGCAGUUUCUGAUGGUCAAUCCGAAAACACAGUUUCUGGUGUUGAAGCCGUACCCGCCGUCUCAGCAAAUGCUGAUGGUGCUCAGACCGAAAACACGGUGGUAAACUCUGAGAACACAGAUGCACCAAACCUGAGCCAGGGUGAAGUUCCCGUCCCCGCUAUAGUCCCCGAAAUUUCUCAACCGAAUCAAGCACAUCCUGAGAGCACAGUUGACAUUGUUGACCCAUCAGUUGCAGCUCAGGAGACAAGCGGUGUUGGAAAUGUAAACCAAGGAGAGAUAACAACCCAACCUGAGAACCUACCUAUUGGAGGCGCAAUGCCUGAGAGUACUGCCUCUUUAGGUACAAAUGCACCAAAUCAAAAUGAGGGUGAAUCGUCUGCAGUUCCCAAUACCAUAGUUGGCACAUCAACUAAUCCAGCUGGAUCUGAAACAGAAACAAGUGGUGUAAUUCCAGAUAGUACCACUGGAGAACAAUCUCUGAAUGCAGCCCCUGGGGAAGAGACCCAGCCCUCUGGUUCGGCUAAUGGCUUAGGAGCUCAACCCGAGAGUACAAUUAUAGAUGCUGAAGGUUCCAGUAUACCAAAUUUAAGCCAAAGUGGAACGUCAAUAGGUCCGGAAAUUUUUCAACCGAACGUACCUCAACCCGAGGGCACAGUUGGAACUGCAGGGCAAUCCGUUGCAGCUCAGGAAGCAAGUGGCACGGAGAUUGGAAACCAGGGAGAACUAGCAGCCGCUUCGGGAGGAUCCCAGCCGAAUAAUGCAGCUUCUGGUGAUGCUCAGCCUGAGAGUACUGUUUCCGAAGGUACAAACGUAUCGAAUGGAAAUCAGGACGAACCUUCUGUAGUUCCCGAUAGCUCCGCCAGUACAUCUUCUAAUCAAGCAGGAUCUAUAGCCGAAGCAAUUCCUGAUAGUACUACAGGACAACAAUCAGAGAACGCAGCCUCUGGUGUAGAAACCCAGCCCGGCGGAUCAUCAAAUGUAAAUCAGGGUGAAACAUCUAUAGUUCCAGAAAUUUCUCAACCGAACCAACCUCAACCCGAGAGCACAGUUGACACUGCUGGACAAUCCGUUGCAGCUCAGGAGACAAGUGGCACACAAAUUGGAAACCAGGAAGAUUUAACGGCUACUCCAGGAGGAUCUCAACCGGAUAUCUCAACAUCCGGUGGCGUUCAACCUGAGAGUACUGGUUCCGAAGCUACUAGCGCACCGAAUCAAAAUCAGAGCGAACCGUCCGCAGUUCCCGAUAGCUCAAUUAGUACCUCAUCUAAUCCAGCUGGAUCUGAAACUGAAACAAGUGGUGUAGUUCCUGAUGGACAGCAUUCAGAAAACACAGGUUCUGGUGUAGAAACCCGGCCCGCUGGAUCAUCAAAUGUUAAUGGUGCUCAUCCAGAGAGCACGGGGGUAAGUUCUGACGGUAACGGUGCAUCAAAUAUAAUACAGGGUGAAUCAUCAAUCCCGGAAGUUGCUAAACCGAACCAACCUCAACCCGAGAGCACAGUUGACACCGCUGGACAAUCAGUUGCAGUUCAGGAAGCUAUAGGCGCACAAAAUGGAAACCAAGGAGAAAUAGCCCCUACUGCAGGAGGAUCCCAAUCAGACAAUCCUGCUUCUGGUGACUCUCAGUCUGAGAGUGCUGGUCCAGGAAGUGCAACGAAUCAAAACCAGAAUGAAUCGUCUGCAAUUCCAGAGAACUCAGUUGGUACGUCAUCUAAUACAGCUGGAUCCGAAACUGGACUUAGUGGUGUAGUUCCUGAUGGUCAACAAUCAGAAAACGCAGCUUCUGGAGUAGAAACUCCCGGAUCAGCAAAAGCUAAUGGUACUCAACCAGAGAGCACGGGGGUAAAUUCUGAGAGUAACGGUGUACCAAAUUCAAAUCAGGGUGAAUCAUCUAUACUCCCGGAAGUUUCUCAACCGAAUCAACCUCAACCCGAGAGCACAGUUGACACUGCUGGACAAUCCGUUGCAGCUCAGGAGACAAGUGGCACACAAAUUGGAAACCAGGAAGAUUUAACAGCUACUUCAGAAGGAUCUCAACCGGCUAUUUCAACAUCCGGUGGCGUUCAGCCUGAGAGUACUGGUUCCGAAGGUACAAGCGCACCAAAUCCGAAUCAGAGCAAACCGUCCGCAGUUCUCGAUAGCUCAAUAUGCACCUCAUCUAAUCCAGCUGGAUCUGAAACUGGACCAAGUGGUGUAGUUCCUGAUGGACAGCAUUCAGAAAACGCAGGUUCUGGUGUAGAAUCUCCCGGAUCAGCAAAUGCUAAUGAUGCUAAACCAGAGAGCUCGGGGACAAGUUCUGAGGGUGUCAGUGCACCAAAUUUAAAUCAGGAUAUAACAUCUAUAGUUCCAGGAAUUUCCCAACCGAACCAGGCUCAACCUGAGAGCACAAUUGGCAAUGCUGGACAAUCCGUUACAACCCAGGAAGCUAGUACUACAGUAAAUGUAAACCAAGGAGAUACUGAAGGAGGGUCCCACCCAGAAAAUCCUGCUUCUGGUGGCUCUCAGCCUGAGAGUGCUGGAUCCGAAAGUACAAACACACCAAAUCAAAACCAGAACGAACCGUCUUCAGUUCCAAAUAGUGGUUUGGUUCCGGAAAUUGUUCAACCAAAUACUCCCCAAAUUGAUAUUACUAAUGGCAUUGAUGGACAACAAGUCGUUACGGAAGGAUCAUCGCAGAUGAUUCCGGUCAAUCCCCAGCCAGAUACUGUCGUUGGUACUGGUAGCAAUCAACCAGUGAUUACAGUUAUCGGAGGAGCUUCAAACACGGAAAUAUCUGAAACAGUAACGAGUGGUGCAUCUCAAGGUUCUCAACCUGGCUUAGGAGUUAACCCCGAAACAGAUAAUGCUCCAUCAGAAGAAGGAACUAAUCCGAUCAAUCCAGGGGUAAUCGGGUCAAAUGGCUCAUCAGCGGGUACCACAAACCCAGAACAAGGUCCAAAUAGACCUCCUGGUUCUCCUGAUGGAACAGGUUCAGUUGGCUCAAAUGAAGGUAGCUCUGGUUCCUCUAUCCCUACUCAUCCAGCUCGUCCCAAUCCAGCACCAUUCCUCUGCCAGCAACCAGGUAUAUUCCCUCAUCCUAAUGAUCGCUGUAAGUACUAUGUCUGUAUUUGGCUGCCUUUCGGUAUCUACGGGUUGGAGCUAAACUGCACGAAUGGUAUGGUCUAUAACCCUAUGAAGCAACGCUGCACCGAAGACAAAAGGCCAUCUCUACCUAAUCAAUUCGUCUGCACCGGAUCUGGUUCAUUUCCCGAUCCCUCAGACAACAGAAUGUAUUAUCAGUGCAUAAGGCAUUUUGGACUAUGGAUACCGAUCAGAAGAAACUGCGCAAAGAACCAGAAAUUCAACGCCACCCUCAAUGAAUGUGCAACUGAAGCCACGCCUGCGUCUGCACGUGAUGACUCCGAUUCCGAGGAAGAUUCGGAUGAGGCGAAAGAAAAGGUUAAAUUCGAGUGUGUGACAGCUGGAAGAUUUGCGGAUCCAAACGACUGCUCCAAGUACUUUAUCUGCACCCUGAAGAAGAAGGACAGGUUCAAGAAAAAACAGGUGAGGUGCCCCAAAGGUCAUCGAUUCGAUGCAUCGCUGCAGGAUUGUUCCACAGAAAGGGACGUUCUGUGUGCGUAAAACAAAUUGCAAACUUUUAGAUUAACAAUCAAAUAUGGUAGCAAUGAUUAGAGCGCAAAAAAUCAAGUCUUCGAAACGGUGAUACAGUUCGAAAUAGACGGAAAUAUUAUACCGAUAGAAAAAAAUUCGAUUCCAAUUCAGUUGCUAAUAAAAACGUAGAUGCAAUUUAAAUUAUAUAAAUCAAUAAUCAAAAAUUGAUCCAGUGAAUAAAUGUUACCUCGGAGAGCUUGGAGAA